AUGGGUUCGAUCUCAGGUCCAGGACUUGACCUUUUCAGCGGGUUUUACAACACCAUCAAUGGAAAAUUGACCAGCACCGAGAAAACCAGGCACGGCAUUAAUCCCGCGACGGGCAAGCCCAACCCAGAAGUCCCCGUCUCUACCCAAAAGGACGUCGACGAUGCUGUAGCAGCUGCCAAGGAAGCAUUCAAGUCAUGGUCGCAGACUCCUUAUGAGAAGCGGCGCGAGGCUGUUUUGGCCUUCGCCGAUGGUCUAGAAAAAUAUGCCAAUGACUUUGGAAAGCUCCUCACUCAAGAGCAAGGAAAACCGCUCCAAUUCGCCGUCGGCGAGGUCAACACAGGUGUCCACUGGAUGCGGGCUUUGUCCAAGCUAGAGCUCAAGGAAGAGGUCGUGGAAGAGAACGAUGAGAAAAAGACCAUUGUCCGGUAUACACCUCUCGGAGUCACCGUGGGCAUCGUACCUUGGAACUUCCCCGUCCACCUUGCUUGCGGCAAGAUUGCUCCUUCAGUCCUUACUGGUAACCCGAUCAUUAUUAAGCCCUCGCCCUUUACACCAUACUGCGACUUGAAGCUCGGUGAACUCGCCCAGCAAUACUUCCCUCCUGGUGUCGUUCAGGUUCUGAGCGGCGAUGACAACCUGGGUCCUUGGCUGACGGCCCACCCUGGCCCUGAUAAAAUCAGCUUUACUGGAUCGACAUUCACUGGAAAGAAGGUGAUGGAGAGCGCGGCUAAAACAUUGAAGCGAGUGACCUUGGAACUGGGUGGCAAAGAUCCCGCCAUCAUUUGCAAGAAUGUUGACAUCAAAGCCGUUGCUCAGAAGAUUGGUACACUUGCCUUCCUCAACUCCGGCCAGAUUUGCUUGGCCAUCAAGCGUAUCUAUGUCCACGAGUCGAUUCACGACGAGUUUAGAGACGCCAUGGUCGAGUUUACCAAGACAAUCAAGGUUGGCGACGGCACUGAGGAGGGAGUCUUCCUUGGACCCAUCCAAAACAAGAUGCAAUACGAGAAAGUCAAGACCUUCUUCGACGACAUUGAAAAGGAGAAAUUGACCGUCGCAGUUGGCGGUAAGAACGAGGACAAGCCUGGUUACUUUAUCACACCCACCAUUAUCGACAAGCCUGCAGAUGACUCUAGAAUCGCCACAGAGGAACCAUUUGGUCCCAUUGUCCCUCUGAUGACCUGGACCGAUGAAGACGAUGUCAUUGCCCGCGCCAAUAACACCAAGAUGGGUCUUGGAGCUUCGGUGUGGUCUGAUGAUUUGGAUGAAGCCUCUCGCAUCGCUCGACAGCUGGAUGCCGGUAGCGUUUGGGUUAACACCCAUCUUGAGGUUGACCCCAAUGCGCCUUUUGGCGGCCACAAGGAGAGUGGUAUUGGCUUCGAAUGGGGCAUUGGCGGCCUCAAGUCGUUCUGCAAUGUCCAGAGCUUGUUCUUGAAGAAGAAGACUUCGGCAUGA